GCCCCGUCGUGUGCGGACGUCUCUCGCGUCUCGUCGUAAAUAAUCGUGUUCAAUUAAACGUAAAUAACGCGUGAAGUGUUAACGUGACUGAAACAAAUCGUGUAUUAAAGUUUCGUGACUUGUGGAAAUGUUUGAUAUGAAUUAAGGAUUAAAUAUUUAAAAUAUAUUUUAAUUCGUUUUGCUUUAAACCGUAUAAAUGAUGGGUGUAAGCAGUUGUAUGAGUCUGAGGCAGGCGAGAGGGUCGUGCCAUUGCCCAGCUUGCCCUCGGGCUUCGGGACACGGGGUGUCGAUGCCGCCUCAGACUUUGGUUCUGCCUCCAAUGGCAUUGGAACCGGAAACUACUCCGGUUAAGGACAAGAAAGGAUCGAAAAUGAAGGUCCUGAAAAAGAUUAAGAAGAAAAUCGGGCUAGCGCCCCGCACGUCCUGCACCGGCGGUACUCCGAACAACCUACCGCCGCUCAGCUUCCACGCGGUUCACGGUGAAAAUGUCCGCGUGUCACGCGAUGGUGCGACUGCGAGACGUGUCGAGUCGUUUUGUAAGGGCGUCGUGUUCAGCGCUAGACCCGUUAGGGUGAAUGAAAAAGUGUGCCUCCGCUUUCUCGAAAUGUCAAACAGCUGGAGUGGAGUAUUACGUUUCGGAUUCACCACCCACGAUCCCACGACCCUAGCGCACGCACUCCCGAAGUACGCCUGCCCAGACCUGACAAAUAAACCCGGUAAUUGGGCCAAGGCUCUCGGCGAAAGGUUCUGCGAGAAGGACAAUAUACUGUACUACUACGUAAAUUCCGCUGGUGAUGUCCACUUCGGGAUCAAUGGCGAGGAUAAGGGGAUGUUUUUCUCAGGUGUCGACACACGCAGCCCGCUCUGGGCAUUAGUGGAUGUGUAUGGCAACUGCACAGCGGUCCAAUUAGCUGAUCCAAGAGCCCCUAAUCAAAUUAGAAGAUGCACCCAGAGCCCAAUUUCUGAGGAAGAUAGAAUAAUUAGUGGUAUGCGUUCCAUGACAGUUGAAGAAGCUCUACCGGCUCCUAGAUUCCAAAAUCCCCUGGUUCCACUGAGCCUUCACAGGACUAAGGGAAGGAAUGUUCAGUUCAUUAACGAUAGAGGCAUAGCCGCCAGGAUUGAAGCGGAAUUCUGUCAAGGAUACGUGUUCACAGCACGACCGAUGCGUCCAGGACAAACUAUUGUUGUUCAAAUCUUAGCAACGGAAACAGCAUACGCGGGAAGUUUAGCGAUCGGCUUGACGUCCUGCGACCCUGCAACCCUCAGACCCAGCGACUUACCGGACGAUGCGGAACAGCUACUAGACCGUCCAGAAUACUGGGUGGUUCGACGGGACGCAGCCAAUGGUCUCCGAAGAGGUGACGAAUUGGCCGUCACCUUGACCUUGGAUGGAGAAGUUCGUGUCAGCAGAAACGGAUCCAAUCCGGUAACAGUGAUGCACGUGGACCAUACAUUAAGGCUGUGGGCUUUUGUUGAUAUUUACGGAGCGACGCAGAAGGUGAGGAUGUUGAGCUCACAAGCGAUGCAAGCGCAGACUCCGCCGCAACAGUUGAGAGUACUGGCCAGUUCUGCAGCGCCGAUAAACGCUGGAGCAGGUGGAACUGUGCUGGUCGUCAGUCUCCCGCCGCAGAAUGGAGCUCAGAAUGCAGCGAACCACCAACAGGGAUUGACGUUGGCUAGUGCGCACUAUAUUGAGCCAAUUCAAACAACGUCUCAACUCUGCUUGGCGGGUCUCCAAUCAAUCUCUACCCAAGCUCCAUCAUGCUCAGUGCCCCAACCGUACCGUCCCCGGACAGAAGGCCAAUGCUCUUCCACCAGCCAAAACAACUCCAACGAGCAACUACAAAUGCCAAACGGACUGUCUGAACCAUUAAGACUCGACAGGAUCCCCAAUGGACCUUCCACUAGCCGACCCAUACCAUCUACCUCACACCAUCAGCCAAUAUACUCUGUGAUCGGAGAAGGAAACCUCACAGGCACAGAAUGCACAAUUUGUUACGAAAAUCCAAUAGACAGCGUGCUGUACAUGUGCGGUCAUAUGUGCAUGUGUUACCGCUGUGCAGUUCAGCAGUGGAGAGGGAAGGGUGGCGGUCAAUGCCCACUGUGCAGAGCACAAAUUAAAGACGUUAUCCGCACAUACAAGUCUUGAUGUGUUUGUAAUUCGUGUUGUCUAAAAGAUGUCGGUAUGAUUUUCGCGCGCUUUUUGCUGUCAAUUUGACGUUGACAUCGACAAGCGUCCUGAUUGAAUGGUAUGAAUGAUUGAACGGUUAGAUUUGAAUGAGUGUCGUAAGUAAUUUAAGGUGAAAAUAUGCCAAAAAUGCGUUCGGAUACUCGACACAAUAUGAUUUGACAAUUUUAAUAUAUUCGCUAAGGUAGCUACUCCAAAAAGUAUGUAUAUAAUAAUGUUACGUAUUUAUGUGUACAAAAACACUGACAUUAAGUAAUUAUAAUUUGACAUAUAGAAGGUUUUUAAAAGUAUUUUGGCUGUUAUCAUGAUAUGCGUUGUAAUCAUAAUGGAAUAUAUGUUAAACAUAAUAUAUGCAUUUGAAUAAUUUAGUUUACGUAGUAGGCGUUUAUCGAGUUUUUUAAUAUAACCUAAAAUUUAAAUAUAAAAUAGGUUAUUUUAAACCUUGUAACCUUGACUUUUAACCAUAAUAUACUUAAUACAAUGAUAAUCUAUGACUUUCGUAUGUGCAGUGAAUAGACGAAUAGAUUUUUUUAAUUGUUUUAACAAUACGUUAAUAUUUAUAAUAAUAUUCAUGUAUUUUUGAAACAAUAAUUUUAAAAGAAUAAAUUAUAAAACAAAAAGUCACAUAUGUCACUUGCAUACGUCACUUUGACAUUAUAAGUAAUUUUUUUUUAAUAUGUUAUCUAUAAUUUACGGAGAUAAUAUAAAUAGAUUGAGUUUAAAUACGCGAGGCUAAAUUAUUUGUGUAUGACGGUAGUUUUGCUAGGUAUUAAUAAAUUAUAGGGUUCCUAAGUUAGAUUUUUUUAGGGCACACGUAGAUAUUUAGAUAAGGCAGCGCUCAUAUUUUUCAUUUCUAAUUGUAACAAUAGUGAACGAGGUGUGACACGUAUAUAAGUCUUAUCUUGUUUUAUAAUGAUUAUUCGAUUCACAUUUUAGUAUAUUUAUACAGUAAACUCCCGAUUAUCCACGGAAUAGUUUUACUACAAAAGCGGAUUAAUUCCACAUAUACUUUAAAAGUGUUAUAUUUAAACUAUAAUAUAAAUACAUUUUAAUAAAAUAAAAAAACAAUAAAUUUCUUAAUUUAAAAGAACGCUAGCAUGUUUUUUCGUUUUGUAUUUUAUUGUAAUUAAAAUAAGAUAGUCGAGAGUUUAUUGUAGUUUUGUCAAUGGGCUGUCUUGUCUAUUUAUCUAUGAUAGUAGGCUGUAAUAUUACGUCCACAGAUUAAAAAUAGUCGGUGAUAGAUUUAAAAAGCAUUUAAUAAUUUAUAUCAUAUCGUAAUUAUAAUUUUUCUACUUGAUAAUGUUACCAGACCUCGGGAGUUCCUAUUUGAACGAUUUUCUUUCAAUAGGUGAUGCGAUUUUUUAAAUUUUAAUAUGGAAUCAUAGCAUUUGAUUUUAUUGUUUAUAAUAAUCGCAUGACCGUACAAUGUUUACUACAUCAAUGGAGUGUAAAGGUGAGGAGUAUUCUUUCUCUUUCUCUCUUGUGGGGCUCAGUUAUUUUUCGACCAGCCACCUAAAGGCAUUCGAAAUUUGAUAAUAUACUAUUACCUAUAAAGUGAAAUGGUUAUACUCUACGGAAUUCGUUAUAUUGAUUACUGAAAUACGCAUUUUAAUUUUUUGGAUUCACAGAUGAGAUUCAGGGAUUCUUGGCCUCCACACUCCAUUAUACAUCUAAUAAUACUAAAUUAUCGUGCAUAUGACUUCAAUUAUACUUUUUCUUUGUAUUUAUAACUUUCGUUUACCUGUUCAAGAUAUCAUAGAUAUCGAAAAUAAAUAUAAAACUGAGAAGUGUGAUAUUACAGACCUACAGAAAUGAAAUAUAUGUCCUUAAUUUCUAGAGAGUUCUCAAAUUAGAGACUCUAUUGCUCAGAUCAACUUUGUACUGGUCUGUAGUAUCACAUACGGUAUACUGUGUGUUAUGUUCACAGCAAAAAAUGAUCUGAUAUUUAGCGAAUAUCGGCCCGUAGAUGAAGCGCUAUGGCGCUGUGUUGCCAGUGCUAAAUAUCGAGCAUCAAAACGAAAAUCGUUCAAUACGAAAAAAGUUCUAUAGCUUUAAAAUUCUAAAUGAAACUCGGUAUUUUAUUGAAUAUUACCAUUCCUUACUUGCUCAACCUUCUCAAUUCUAUGAUGCAUAUCAUAACUUACGUAGCGAUGACGCCAUUUUGGCGGGAAAGAGGGGACAAGCGAUCUCUUUGUGUUUGUGGCGUUAUUUCUAUGUAAUAUUGUCCUUAACAUAUCUUUACUGAUUAAAUGGCAUUCUCUUUUGUUUAAAUCAUUCCUAUUUAGAUCUUUUUCUUUUAUAAUAAUUACCAAUUUUAUCGUACCAAACAUUUGCAGCCAGUUUUGUCUGUAACAAUUUGUUUAAGUAUCCUUGUAAAUUGUUUCUGUACAAUUCUAAAUUUGAAAAAUAUUUUUCAAAUAUAGAAUAGUAUGGUUGGUGUUAUUAAAUGUAACGUAUUUAUUUAAUAUAUUUAAGACAGUUUUAAGCACUUUUAUACCAAAACAGUGUGACCAGUUUAUUGAUUUUUUUUUUAUUAUAUAAUACUAAUUAAAAACGCGACUAUGUUUAAGUAUAAUAUAAUUAAUUAAUUUGUAAAUACAUAUAAUCGAAUGAUCAAUAUUGGUACAUGUUUGUAAAAAUAAGUUUGAAAUGAAACUUGUAUUUUUUAAUACUGAUUUUGUCUCUUUCGCGUUUAUAAGAUUAAAAGUGUGUGAGCGAGACAUUAUGAUUUGGUUAACAAAAUUAAUUAUAAACGUGUACCAAUAUGGCAUUUAUGUGAUAAUCGUAAUUUUUCGACAUUUCUUUUCUGUUUCCCUUCGUCUUGUGUAUAGCGUUGUCAUCUAGUCGUUAAUUUAUUAUAUUUUGAAUCGAGAAAAAAUUUCAUUUGAUUAAGAUGUUGGAAUUUAGAUAAGUUUUCAAUUAAAAUGGUUA